ACUGCUCAAGAUAAAGAACAGAGGUGUUAGGAAGAAAAUUUCCCCCCAAAUUUUUUUUCCUUUCCCGCACAAAAUUCUCCAAAAAAUUGUUCCCCCUUAUAUUUUCAUUUCCCACGCAAAAGUUUCAUUUCUCACACAAAGUUUUACUCACAAAACUCUCUCAUUUUCUCUCUAUCUCUCACAUGGCCUCUCACAUUCACACACACACACACACACACACACACACACACACAACCCCGCCGGCGCCGACGAGCAGAGCUCAGCUCAGCCCAGUGACGACGCCGACGAGGCCAAGCCCAGCCAUCGACUCCUCUCCUCCUCGAUCUCUCUACCUUCAACCCAUACCCAUCGGCUCUCUCUCCCUCACCACAAGAUCCUUUCUCCCUUUCUCCCUCUCUCCCCUUACCACCCCCAUACCCAUACCCAUUCCGAUUUUUCUUGGUAAGGAAGUGAUUUGGGUAGAGUUUUCUUCGUUUUGCAAUGGCUCCUGCUAAAGAUGAACAAGACACUCUUUCUUGUUAUUAUUAUUAUUAUGGAGAUUCAACUGGCUGGGCUCUCUUGAAACAUGGAAAAUGGACAUAUUCAAAGAAUGACUCCGUUACAAACUCCUUUGAUGGGUUGGCCUGGGGUGCAAGGAAUUCCAACUACUCCUAUUGUAAAGAGAGUUAUUAGACUUGAUGUUCCUGUGGACAAAUAUCCAAGUUAUAAUUUUGUCGGCCGAAUUCUGGGACCACGUGGGAACUCACUGAAAAGGGUUGAAGCCAUGACAGAAUGUAGGGUGUACAUAAGAGGCAGUGGCUCUGUUAAGGAUGCUGUAAAGGCUAGACUAGCAAAGGUCUUCACAAUGUGCUUUUUGGGAUUCCUUAUGGCUUCCAAGUAUGUUAACAUUUUGCCUGCUAGUGGAAGGAAACUUUUAAAUGGGUUGGUCUUUCCACUUUUACUUCCAUGUUUGAUAUUCUCUCAACUUGGUCAAGCUAUCACCAUUGAGAAAAUGCUUGAAUGGUGGUUUAUUUGGACUAUGUGGUUCUGCAAAAGGGUGUAAUUUUGAUUUGCUUUCUGGUUGAUGGUUUCAAAUGCUCGUUGAUGAUAUUGGAGACAUGACAAUUACUAAUGAUGGUGCUACAAUACUAAAGAUGCUAUAAUUUUUUUAUGGCUUUUUGUGUACAAAGAACCACAUUUAAACAAUUGCAUUUUUUGGAAGUAUUGAAGGAUUUGUUUAAAUACUUUGGAACUUUGAUAAUGGUUAUAGACAAUGUUAUAUAUUUGAUAAUAUAUUUUUAUGUUAAUAUAAUGUUAGUUUGGAGACA